ACUAACAGGGUGCGGGGGGUAGGGCGCUAACCAAAAGCCACAACAGCCCGAAGCCCCGAGCCCAAGGGAUCCGCUACCUGAAGGAAGACAGCGAAGACACCUUGGGAGGACGGCAGUCUCAACCAAUAGGAGCGCAGGUUGGGCGUGCGACCGUGAAGAAAUGGGGGCGGGGGGGGUCGCUUUUCUACCAAUCAGAAAGCAAGUUCUGAGCACCAGCUCGGAGGGCGUGCUCAGCCGUCACGUGACAGGGGCGUGACCAAUGGGGAAGCGGUUGGGCUUGCGCUUCCGUGUUAUGCUUGGAAGAAAGUCUGUACUUCACAACUCGGGGGUUUUUUAAAAAUGAGAAUGCGUGGGCCGGGUAUUUAGCUCAGUUGUGCUGCCGCUUGCCCCGUAAGCGGAAGGACCCGCGUUCGAUCCUUGUUAUCAAAAAAAAAAGUGCCGGGCAAGGUGAUGUACACCUCUACUUUUAGAAUUCGAAAGGCUGAGGCAGGAGGAUCGACGCGAAUUUGAGGGCAGCCUGGGCUACAUCGCGAGACUCUGUCUCAAAAAUUAAAAAAAAUUAAAAAUGAGAAUGUCCGCUUAGCGCUAUGGCGAAUGGGAAAGCGGGAAGACCCGGAAGCAGGGAAGGCACCAAAGUAAGGGCGGAAAAUGUUAUCACCCGCGGCCAAUGAGAGGCGGAGUAGAUUCUUCCCCAACGGCCAACCUCUCGCGCGCUUUGUGAGGCCCAGGGAAGUAGGCGGGGCCAAUCUAGUCCACAGUGGAAGAGGAGGUGGGCGGGCUCGGGUCCCUAGGAGACGGGACUUGCUCAGCCUGACCAAUGAAGGAAGCGCUGGGGCAGUAGGUAGGGGCUCAGGCUGGUGCAUGGCGGAUACCGUGCUGUUCCAGUUUCUGCACACCGAGAUGGUGGCGCAGCUGUGGGCUCGGAACCCGGAUCCACGCCCGGGGGGACAGAAGACAAGCCUGUCUGUCCUGGAGAGCGUGGGCUUCCGUGUGGGCCAGGCACUGGGCGAGAGGCUGCCCCAGGAGGCACUGGGCUUCAAAGAGGAGCUGGAUGUCCUCAAAUUCCUGUGCAAGGACCUGUGGGUGGCCGUGUUCCGCAAGCAGAUGGACAGCCCGCGUGCGCCCCAGUCAGCAGGGAGGACAGGCUGCAGGAGUCAUCAGGCUGUUCCAGAGUGGCGGAGCAUCUCCUGGCCGGCACCUGACCCAGCGUAUCACUGCUCGACUCACGCUGGUGCCAGCUGCCAUCGACUGCCCACACUGGCUUGGCCCCCAGCUGGAUCAGGGGCCUGGGCUGCCCAGCAACCCUGGGGGGCAGGGACCGAGGGGUGGGCAGACUCGGGCCCUUCCGAAGCUCCGAGCAAGGGGCCCCUGACAUGGGUGACGGGAGAGGUCCCGGCGCUCCCCCAGUGCCAGUGCACAGGCCCAGCCUCAUGGCCCCUCUGCUCCCAGGGGACCUACAUCCUGCAGGACGACAGCUUCCCCCUCCCCGUCCCGAUGGCCUUGGGCCUGCAGUACAUGGAGGAGGCACCCAAGCACCUGGGGCCAUCACACACCAGCACUCUUGCCUGGCUCACCUCAUGCAGGAGCAGGCCCCCGAGGCUGUGGCCCACCAUGCAGAAGCACUACAGCGCCCACUUGGUCAGGAGUGCCCGGGCCCCCACUGAACACUGCUGCCUGGAUCCAGAGUUAGGGCACAAGAAAGGAUGCUGUCACCACUGGCGCCAGGACCCAGCGGCCCCUCGAGCCCAUGGGCCCUGUCAGCCACCCCCCCAGGCACACUGGCAGCAGCCCCACUACAGCCACCGGGGGUGUGGCAGUGGCUGGCACCAGGGCCCCAAGGCCCCUGUCCUACAGCAGCAGAAGCAGCGGCAGCCCCAGCCCCCACCUCCCAGCCCCGUGAGGCAUCGGCUCAGCCUGGUCCACAGGGCCCAGAAGGGGCCCCCCGAAACUGUCACUGCCCCCACAGGACCAGCCAGCGCCCCCCAGCCACCCCCCGCACCCACCACGGCACCUGCCAUGGCCAGCAGCGGCCCAGCCCUGCGCUCCCCAGCCGGCACCCUCCUGGAGCCCAGCAAGCCCACCACUGCCCGGCCCCUGCUGGCCCGGGCAGCCUGUGGCUCCUUCACCUCCUACGGCUCCGAUAUCCUGACAGAGGAUGAUGUCUACUGCAGCUGCCUGGCCAAGACUCUUUGCCAUGUGCCCGUUCCUGUGACCGUGGGUUUCUAUGCCCCCUUCGGCUGCCGACUGCACAUGAUGCUGGACAAGAUCACCAUGCUGAUGCAGCAAGAGGCGACGCAGCGCGAGGUGGAGGAGCUCCAGAGCGUACAGUGGCGGCCACGGCCAGUGCGCGGCUGGGGCUUUCCGCAGCUGCUGUGGUACCUGGUGUUCCUGCAGCCCAUCAUCACCGAGGUGCACCUGCGGCGCAAGAACGUGCAGUUCCUCUUCAUCCGCUUCAGCGCCUGGCAGUACGCGGGCACGGACAAGCUGUGGGCCGGGCUGGUGACCACGCUGUGCGAGGGCAUCCGCCACCACUACGGCGCGCUGCCCUUCAGCGUGUACUCAGUGCUGGGCAACAAGCCGGCCACGACGCCGGGCUUCUGCCAGACCGAGUGGCACUGCCGGGUCCGCGUGUGCCUGGCGCUGCUGGCGCUGCUGGCGGCGCUGGCGCUGGGCGUGGGUCUGCUCUACCUGUCCCUUGGCGGCCUCGGCCACGGGGGCGCCGGCGGCAGCCUGCUGAAGGUGUUUGGCGGCGCGGCCACCACACUGUCGGGCUCGGGGCUGCUCAUGGCCGUGUACUCGGUGGGCAAGCACCUGUUCGUGAGCCAGCGCAAGAAGAUCGAGCGGCUGGUGUCGCGCGAGAAGUUCGGCAGCCAGCUGGGCUUCAUGUGCGAAGUGAAGAAGGAGGUGGAGCUGCUCACCGACUUCCUGUGCUUCCUGGAGAUCUACCAGCGGCGCCGGCUGCGAGUGGUGCUCGAGGUCACGGGGUUGGACACGUGCUACCCGGAGCGCGUGGUGGGCGUGCUCAAUGCCAUCAACACGCUACUGUCCGACAGCCACGCGCCCUUCAUCUUCAUCCUGGUCGUGGAUCCCAGCAUCCUGGCCGCGUGCCUCGAGAGCGCCGGCAACAUGAAGGGCACGGCCGACAACGGCUACCUCUUCCUCAACCGCACCGUCACGCUGCCCUUCUCCGUGCCCAUCAUGGGCCGCCGCACCAAGCUGCGGUUCCUGCACGACGCCGUGCAGAGCCGCGACGACCUGCUCUUCCUCGAGAUCGCGCGCAAGCUGCAGCCGGCCGAGGGCCAGGCCGGCGAGGGCGCGCAGCUGCUGGCCGUGGAGACGCAGGGGGAGACGGAGCGCGCUCAGGGCCGCAUCGACGCGGAGGCUGCGCGCCGCAUCCGAGAGGCGCUCUUCUGCCUGCACGACGAGCACGACUGCCUGUACGAGUACGUGCCUGACAACGUGGUGUCCAUGCGGCGCAUAGUCAACACGGUGCCAAUCACCGUGCGCCUGCUACAGCAGCAGCAGCAGACCAACUUCGUGGGCCCCACGCCGCGCCAGGCCGUGGCGUGGGUCGUGCUCGCCAACCAGUGGCCCUGCCGCCUCAGCUGGGUGCUGCAGUGCCUGGAGGACCGGCAGCAGGCGGGGGGCGCGCCCGAGGCCCGAGUGCGCCUCUGGGACGUGUUCUGCGAUAACAGCCGUGAGCUGCACAGCAUGACCAAGGCACUGCGGAACGUGCUGGACCUGGACGGUGACCCCGAGCUCUUUGAACGCUUCCUGGGCUCCGACUUCCCCUUCACCGUGGCCGAGGCGCAGCGCUUGCUGCGCUGCACGGUUAACCUGGACCACUCCAUCCGGCGCCGCAUGGGCCUCAUCCGGGCAGUCAGUGCGCUCAAGCCGCCCAGCCAGCCCACGUCCCCUGCCCGAGAUGUGCCUUCUGCUGCCCACGGAGCCACCAACACUGCAGGGGCAUCCCCGAGAGGCACUGGGGCAGGGCACACCAGUGAAACCCACCACCCCCUGGACAAGGCCCACGGGGGCAAGCCGAGGCCGAAAGCCUGAGCCCCCUCACGCCAGGGGGGCCCAACCAGGUGGGCCCCAAAUAGAUGAACCCAGGGCAGCAGGAGACAGCAAGCCCUCCCUUCACUGUCCCCACGAGAGUGUAGGGGCCACAGCCUCCAGGGCACUGGCGCCAAGUGCCAGUGCCUGCCAGCGGUACAGUGAGGAACUCAGGGCACGAGUGCAAUGAAUGAUGUGCAGGGCUGGGGACUUAGCUCAGUGGUUCUAGCACCUGCCUCGCAAGCACUAGGUCCCAAGUUCGAUCCCCAGCACCAAGAAACAAAAAAAUAAAUGAUGUGCAAAGCCUU